AAUGGGAACACCGACGUUGUCACUCUUGUAAGAAUAUUUUUAAUUUUAUUUAGUUUUCUUAUCUGUUGUUAUAUUCAGUAUACUGUCUCAAAGUCUUGCAUAUUUUUAACUCAUCGAUUUAUUGAAACUAUUUUUCUUCAGGGAUCAGCAAGGCUGACUAUCAAUUUCAAAAGGAAAUGGGUUUUAUUUGUUCCCUUUGUCGAUUAAGAGAUACACCGUCUCCCUUCUAGGACGUUUCUUCGGCAUAAAAAAAAACUGAUCAAUCUCGAACCAAGAGAAAAAUCAACAAAUCUACUCCAUUCACGCCAUCACCAGCACGGAAGAGAGCUAACCGGAGAGCACCCCAUAAUAAAGCAACAAAAUUGCCUGUUCGUGAAACCCUGCCAACUCCUACGCCAGAAGUUAGUGUUUCACUCCAGAACCAGGGGCUGAUUGCUACCUCUGACUUCUCGUUUACGGAAUCUCUUCUGGAUGGAUCGUUCGGAGACCUUCAAUUCUCCCCAUCAGCAUUCCAGGCGUUUGAUGCGAUUUUAGAUUUGCCACCUCACAUUCCUGAUGCCAAUUUAGACAUUAACUUUUCACCAUCUGGAAUGAAUACCAGGUAAAAUUGCUUAAAUUCCUAGUGUUUUCAAAAAAUAAUUGUUCUUAAUUCUAAUUGUUUCUUCUUGAAAAGCGAAACUCGGGUAAACAGCACGCCAGUUGUUGAUAGAGAAGCGGAUUUCGUUAUGGCCGAAUUAGACUCUUCCUUCUCUCCAUCACAGCGCCAGCAACCACCUACUACUGACCUUAGUGACACACGGUUGAUCGAAGAAGAACGUGCUAUUGCUCGCCACGCAGUCACCCCAGUUCUCGUUCGAGAGAGAAGUUUGUUGUCUCCCACGCCCACUGCACCCAACCCAUUGAUAGAACGUUUUGAAAUUGUUGAGGGGGCAUCCACAAGGGCAAAGAAUCAGUUAUUAGAUGGGUUAGGUAAUCGUUACGGCUUAAAGAAAUCGGUUUCAACAAAGGGUGGGGUAUUUACCUGGCUAUGCACUAGACGAGGAAGAAAAAAUGGAGUUUCAUGUGCCGCCUACGUAAAGCCAUUAGGGGACGUUUUCACAGAAGGUGCCACAGCUCAUUGCCAUGAACCAAAUCCUGAACUAAAUCUGAAGGUUCCCUUAGUCAAGCAAAUUAAGGAUGUUGCUCUUAAGAAUCUCUUUGAAUCAGCAAAUGCUCUUGCGGAAGAUCUUAUUGUCCCGGUUGUAAAAGAAAACCCUUCAGCUAUAAUUCCACCCAUACAAAAUCUUGCGCGUGCAGCCAACAGAAAAAGGGAACACGAAAGGCCCUUGCACCCAACGGAUCUCUUUUUUGAAUUGAAACCGGAACAUCUACCAAAAGAUUUUUAUCGUGGUGAGGUAGUUGUGGUAGAGAAAUGUCAUCUUCUUUUUGCCACUGACGACCAGAUCAAAGAUCUUCAAAAAAUGAGAAGGUGGUACGUUGAUGGCACUUUCCAUGUAGCUCAGCUACCUUUUUCCCAGCUUUACAGUAUCCACGGUUUUAUAACAAAAGACGGCAAAUCAAAGCAGAUUCCCCUUCUUUAUAUAAUUUUGUCCGGCAAAGAGCUGAGUGAUUACGACGCCGUUUUAAAAUAA